UCCGUUUCCGUUAUUUAUCAAAACGAAAAACAUUCCGUUACCGUUAACUCCCAACCAGGCUUCGAAAUCUCCGUCGGAGCCCCACCCAUUACCCCACCGCCCUCCACCACUUCCCGCUGCCACCAUCAACUUCGCAAAACUUUUUACCAAAAUGUCCUCAAUCUCGACCCCAGAACUUCUCCCAUUCUCUCUCCUCCACCGCACCUCCGCCGCACGAGGCCUACACCAGCUGCCCUGCCUCUUCUUAUGCCGGCCCGGCCCGAAACUCCAUCCUAUUUCCAAUCUUCCAUAUCCGCCCACCAGGCCCGUAUUUAUCGCCGCCAUCUCUUCGUUAGCUGCCAACUCCGUUCCUCCCAGAAAUGGACUUUACACGGUCGGUGAUUUUAUGACAAGGAGAGAAGAUUUGCAUGUUGUCAAGCCCACCACCACUGUGGAUCAAGCGUUGGAAAUGCUUGUUGAAAACAGAAUAACUGGUUUUCCUGUGAUUGAUGAUGACUGGAAAUUGGUUGGUCUUGUGUCGGACUAUGAUUUAUUAGCACUGGACUCUGUCUCAGGUACUGGAAGGGCUGAUACAGACAUGUUUCCUGAAGCUGACAGCACUUGGAAAACAUUCAACGAAGUACAAAAAUUGCUUAGCAAAACCAACGGCCAAGUGGUCGGUGAUUUAAUGACACCGGCUCCCGUAGUGGUUAGAGAAUCCACCAAUCUCGAAGAUGCUGCAAGAUUGCUGCUCGAGACAAAAUACCGCCGCCUUCCCGUUGUCGACGAUGACGGCAAGCUGGUUGGAAUAAUCACUAGAGGAAACGUCGUAAGAGCUGCUCUUCAAAUCAAACGAGACGUCGAAUCGGCUUAAGCUCUGCAAAAAAAGUGUAUAUUAUCUUGAACCUACAAUAAAUAUUUGCAUGCUAAUUAAUAAAUGUGAUUCAGUUAAUUUUGAUCUUAA